GACAAAGUGAAGACGAAACAGUGAAAAUGGCUCUCUACCAAUUGAUCUGUGGUUCAGCCGUGAUGAUGAUUCUCUUAUCCAGAGGAUGUCACUCACAGCAGCUAGUCUGUGGCAAGGCUCCAAAAAACAGCAGAAUUGUGAGAGGUCAAGCUGUGUCUCCAGGAAGUUGGCCCUGGUCGGUCAGUUUAAACGAUGAUGAUGGCCCCUUCUGUGGAGGGUCCGUAAUUAACAACCAGUGGGUGUUGACCGCUUCUCACUGCAUAUCUAGCCACCAACUUCAUACCACAACGGUUUAUCUGGGUCGCCACAGCCAGUCGGGUCUAAACUUAAACGAAGUGUCAUCGACUCUUGAAGAUAUCAUUUGCCAUUCUUCACACAACACCAUAACCCAUAAUAACGACAUCUGUCUCCUGAAGCUGUCGGCCCCGGUGGAGUUCACAGACUACAUACAACCGGUCUGCUUAGCCUCGACAGGCAGCACGUUCCACUCUGGGGUUAGCAGCUGGGUCACUGGUUUUGGUCUUACUCAAUACAAUGCAUCUACCGGAUCCGACAUCCUGCAGGAAGUGAAUCUACCAAUCGUUGGAAACAAUGAGUGUGAAUGCACCUAUCCCGGAAUCACAGAGAACAUGAUCUGUGCUGGGUUCAGAGAAGGAGGGAAGGAUGCGUGUUUGGGAGACUCAGGGGGACCAAUGGUGACAGAAAAAGAUGGUAGAUGGGUCCAAAGUGGAAUUGUCAGUUUUGGCGAUGGCUGUGCCAGGCCUCUGACUCCUGGAGGCUACACCCGUGUGUCCCAGUACCAGGACUGGAUCACCAGCAUCACUGACAGCAAUGCACCAGGCUUUGUUACCUACACAUCCUCAGGGGUGGACACCGACCUAAAUUUUAUCUGUCCUAAUACAACCCCCACUACCACCAUGACUCCCACUACCACCGCAACCCCAACUACCACCAUGGCUCCCACUACCACUGCAACCCCGACUACCACCAUGACUCCCACGACCACUGCAACCCCAACUACCACCAUGACUCCCACAACCACCGCAACCCCAACUACCACCAUGGCUCCUACCACCGCAACCCCAACUACCACCAUGACUCCCACUACCACCGCAACCCUGACUACCACCAUGACUCCCACAACCACCGCAACUCCCACUACCACCAUGACUCCCACAACCACCGCAACCCCAACUACCACCAUGACUCCCACUACCACCGCAACCCCAACUACCACCAUGACUCCCACUACCACCCCAACUACCACCAUGACUCCCACUACCACCGCAACUCCCACCACCACCAUGACUCCCACUACCACCGAAACCCCCACCACCACGACUCCCACUACCAAAACAAGCACCACAAAAACAACCCCAAUUACCAAAUUAACUAGCAGAUGUCCCCAUAAAAUGACUACAACCACCACCAUGAAUACCACUACCAAAACAACCACCACAGAAUGCAAAAACAAAGACCACACAACAGAAACUACCAGAUCAACUUGCAAAUACCCCCAUGAAAAACACAGGUCUAUUGACAGUAUAUUUGAUAGUGCUGUAAAUGUGAUCCAUUUCUCACACUACAUUUCACUCUGUUUUCCAGUGAUUUCCCUCUAUGUGAUGGUUGGUUAAAUGUAAAAAUGUGAAACUAUUUAACAGUUUAAGGUUUCAGAGCGCAAAUAUCUCAUUCACUGUGUUUUACAAUGAGCCUUCUUUCCAUGUAAAUAUGUAAAUAUGAAAGUAAAAAGACAAGAACUAAAGUUUGUGAAACGUAUUGUAUUGUCUUGUAGAUAACUAUUUUUCAGAAAUGUUUCAUGAUAAAAUCAUAAAAUAAACAUGUGUUUCAAUUCAG